UCUUUCGAUAAACUUCUCAUACCUCCAUCCUAGUGGUUGUACCACCCUCGUUGUUGUUUACAUCUGAACUCGAAAACGACUUUAUUUUAAUGUGACAAGGGACAGAACCAUCAAAUGUGUAAUUGUUAGUUUUUGGUGAUCCUUGAAUUUAGUUGAAUUUGAGAGCAAAGCAGCAACAUGUUUGGUGCUGUGACAACCUUUAUCAUGCUAAUGCAGGUUAUGUUUAUAAUGAAUCUAAUCAAAUAAUCCUGACAUACUAGUAUUUAACAUGGAGUAUGAUCGAAAAAGACGGCGAUCCAAAGAAGCAAAAAAGCACUCCUCCUCUCCUGAAUAUGUGUCAUCACAUUCAAGACACUCUCACAAUGAAAGGAAACAUAGGCAUUACGAUGAUCAUGACAGACGGUAUAGUAAUCACUCGCCACGGUCCAGAAAUUUAGACGAGAGAGAACGUGAUCAGAGGCCAUCAUCAUCCAGGUUGUAUUAUGAGAGAAAAAGCCCUUCUUCAAGAGAUGCUUAUCAGUUGUCAAAGUAUCAAGACUCUCAACAGAGGCACAGCAGGAAGAAAAGUCCAACGAGGAACGAAGAUCAAAUAGAUCUUUCUGAAUUCUCUUUCCUUGACCACCGUAGGGAACUAACGAAAAUAUUUUCCAGUGACUCAUCUGUAACAUCAGAUGUAGAUGACCUUUGGAAAUUUGUGGCUAAGUAUGAGGCUCUGCAAAAGAAAAAGUCAGAGCCGAUUUUGAGCACAAACCUUGAAGGGAGCGAUGAAGUCAAUGAACUUGGCUUGCCACUGGUCUUCAAUAAGCACAAUUUAACAAGCAUUGAUCUUUCUUCGAGCAAUAGGGAAUUGUCUGCGCGCUUGCCACCAUAUGACCCUGACUUAGGUUCUGAUCAGCUUUCCAUGGUUCACAUAGUUGAGUUCCGAAAGAUCUAUCGACUUUACCUAGGGUUCAAGCAGAAGGAAAAUUUUCAGAAACUUCAGAAACUUCGUGAGUCACAAGCUAAUCUACCCGUAGCUCAACAUAGGGAUGAAAUUGUUCAAGCAGUGAAGAACGAACAGGUUGUAAUUAUUGCAGGUGACACAGGUUGUGGGAAAUCAACACAGGUACCACAAUACUUAAUGAAAGCUGGUUUUAGUAAAAUUGCUUGCACACAACCUCGAAGAAUUGCAUGCAUUUCACUUUCCAAAAGAGUUGCUUUUGAAACUCUGAAUGAGUAUGCAUCUGAAGUUGGAUAUCAAAUUCGAUUUGAACGUCGCAAGAACCAACACACUCGAAUACUUUUCAUAACUGAAGGUUUACUUCUACGACAGAUGUCAAGUGAUAAUUCCCUUUCAAGUUACGACGUACUAGUACUCGAUGAGGUUCAUGAGAGACAUCUUCAUGGAGACUUUUUGCUUGGAGUUGUGAAAUGUUUAUUAUUUCAAAGAAAAGACUUAAAGCUGGUUUUGAUGUCAGCCACCAUUAACAUAAAAUUGUUCAGUGAUUACUUUGGUGAUACUGCUCGUGUGAUACAGGUGCCAGGGAGGCUACAUCCAAUCAAACUCAAUUAUUUUCCGUUGUCAGUAGAAGAUAGAGCAUCCAAGACUGAACGCUUCAAUGCAAUGCCAUAUAUUCGUAUUUUGCAACUUAUAGAUUCUAAGUAUCCAAGUGAUGAAAGAGGGGAUCUUCUCAUUUUCCUAAGUGGCAUGUCUGAAAUUCAAGCAGUUGUUGAUGCAGCAAAAGAAUAUAAUCUUAAGAAAAAAACUUGGAUUGUAUUGUCUCUCCACAGCACUUUGUCCCUCGCAGAACAAGAUAAAGUUUUUGACUAUGCUCCAGAGGGUGUAAGAAAAUGUAUUGUAUCAACUAAUAUUGCUGAGACAUCAAUCACCAUUGAUGGUAUACGCUUUGUGGCAGAUUCUGGGAAAGUUAAGGAAAUGAGUUAUGAUGCUGUCAGCAAAAUGCAAAGACUGAAGGAAUUUUGGAUAAGCAAAGCUAGUGCAGAACAAAGAAAAGGAAGAGCAGGCCGCACAGGACCUGGGGUCUGUUACAGACUUUACUCUGAAGAGGAGUACCAAGCUCUUGAGAAGUACUCAACCCCAGAACUUCAAAGAGUCCCAUUAGAUUCUCUGUUGUUACAAAUGGUUUCCAUGGGACUCCCUGAUUCGAGAAAAUUUCCAUUCAUAGAACCUCCUGCCAUGGAAAAUAUUGAAAAUUCAAUCUUAUCUUUAAAACAACAGGGUGCGCUAACAACAUGUGAGAAGUUAACAAGCAUGGGCAAAAUGCUUGCCCGUCUGCCGGUUGAUAUUCCUCUUGGGAAAAUGUUAAUUAUGGGAUCACUUUUUCACCAAGCUCAGCCUGUUCUAUCUCUUGCUGCUGCCCUCUCUGUUCAAACACCAUUCACUAAUCGUGCUUAUCGUGACCCUGAAUGUGAGAAUGCUAGGAAAUCACUUGAAUCUGACCAUGGUGAUCCAAUUACACUUCUAAAUGCCUUCAGGGAGUGGUUAGAAGAGAAAAACCAUAGUAGAGGUACCGACAGGUCUGGGACACGGGUCUGGUGUCGGAGACGAGGUUUAGAAGAGCAAAGAUUUUAUGAAAUGACAAAACUCAGGACACAAUUCAAAGAUCUGCUCCAGGAUUGUGGUUUACUCAAAGACUUAGAACAGCCUAAUGAUAAAAUGACUAGCAGUGAGCGAGCUGUAAGGCAUGGGGAACUAAAACUGUUGCGUUCAAUGAAGCGAGAAUUCCAAAAUGCAGCCCCUCGCAAGCGUACUUUGCUGAAAGCAGAUCCAUUUGACAUUGGUGGGGAAGGAGAAGAAGACAAUAAAGGAGUUGAUAUAAAAGAUGUUGAAUUUCGAAUGCGAAAUGAUUCAAAUCAAGUACAGAAUCUUCUCACUGGAACAUCUGCCUGCAGCUACAAAGACCUGACCAUGUUGAAAGUUAUUCUGUGCAGUGGAUUGUACCCACAGUUUGCCAUAGCUGAUGAAUUUAACUACUGCAAGUCUUCUAGUGAGCAGCUGUUCCACACUCAAAAGAAGCCUUAUGUUGCUCUCCACCCAAUGAGUGUCUUUGGAAAUAACUCUAAGAUCCUCCAACUAGAAGACUCAGAAAUUGUACAUAUUGAGGGUGUAAAAAGCAAGCAACCGUUUUCUUCCAGGCAUCAGCUAAUGUCUUACAUGACCUUGCUGGAAACCACUAAACCUUAUUUGGUAAACACUAUGCGCAUGCCUGCUGCUCAAACACUCCUUCUCUUCUGUCAGGAUUUACACACCAACUACAACUGCUCAAGAAUAGUUUGUGACUCUUGGCUUCAACUUAAUUUUCCGUUGGCACUUGCUGCAGAAACUUUAAUGUUGAAAGUAGCACAUAUUCAUUUUCUUUGGGAAAGUUUGCUGAAAUUGCGCCUGGAAGAAAAAGAAACUGUGCUAUUGGAAAGAGACCUAACAGAGCAGAUCAUUCUUUUUAUGCGCUCUGAUGUUGUUUACUCUAUUAAAAGAUUAUUAGCAGCAGAUUUAAAAGUUCUUUAUGUUGGGCAAGGUUACAAUGAAGAACCCAUAGCUCCAAACCCUUUCCAAGCAGACUUUGAAGCUCACCCAAACUGUUCACUUGGAGGAAUGCAAGUCUCACCUCGAAUAACUUACAACUGUCUUUUAGAAAUUUCAUCAGAUGUUAAAGAAAUAGAUGAGAACCCCACUUGGCAAUGUGAUCGCUGCAAUUUAGCAGUCCCAAACACUACAAUUGCCAGACUGCAACACCGCCAAGAGUGUGAAAAGGGCAAUACAAAAGGAGAUGAUCCCCAGAGUUCAGAAGAGAAUAUCUCCCAUUCGCCGAGAAAGCCAAACUCCAAAGCUUUUGAAUGUGCAGAAUGUGGUCGCACAUUUUUCCUCACACCUGUGGAAAUACUGAAACAUAAGAAACAACAUGCUUCUGGGUGAUCCAAUUAAAGUACACAAACUUAUCCAAAAUUGUGAAUGAAAGGUAAUCCUGUGUUAGAAUUGCAUGAUACUUCAUGAAAUAAACCAUAGUUUAGAACAAA